AUGGCGAGCACACCAGAAGAAAAGCCUCAGCGGGCGACAGCUGCGCAGAUGGCAAAUAGAAAAAUUAAGGAUAUUCGGAGACGACCCCGCCCGAGUACGACUGCUCCAGGUGCUACUGGAGCUACAUUCAGCCCUUUCAAUUCAAUCGAUCCCAAUACUGUGUCUGGCUCCCAGCCAGCGACGAACGGCUUCUCUUUUGGCCAAUCUCAGUCUCACAGUUUUCCAGGAGCUAGUACAAACCCAAGCCAGCCCAGUCAGAACGGAGGAUCACCAUUUGCCUUUGGCUCAGGAGGUGCUGGUUCAUCGUCCUUCAGUUUCUCUACAUCCUUUGGUGGCUCUGGGUCAUCGGCAAAUCCCUUCGCCACUCUGAACACUACUGCGCCCAGCCAACCGUCUGAUAAUAGUGGGUUCUCUGGCUUCAAAGGCAGUAUGUUCAACGUACCACCCACCGGAAGCUCUGCUCCAGGCCAGCAGUCUCUGCCUUCGGGCGGUCUCUUUGGCACCGGCUCGCAGCAGACUACUGCUCCUGGAGGCAUAUUUGGAAGCACUUCCACUGCUGCACCUUCAAGCCAGCCUGUGACGACGGCACCCUCCACUGGCAGCAUUUUCGGCCAGAGUAGCGCCACUAGCACUGCUCCAUCUACAAAUCUGUUCGGCCAGUCUACAUCAGACAAGCCUUCUCCCUUUGGCCAAUCCACAGCGUUCGGUAGCGAUUCGAUGCAGACAUCUCCUGACCCAAAGGCCAAUGCUGCCGUAUCGAAGCCAGCCAUAUUCGGAGGAAGUACUUCUCAGCCUGCAUUUGGCGCAUCCACAGGCUUCGCCAGCCCAGCAGGAGGUUCCGUAUUUGGGGGUGCUACGCCGGCGGCUCAACAAACUCCGUCUAAACCACUUUUUGGGACAAAGCCAACAGAGCAAGCUACUCCAACUUCGACCCCUCUCUUCGGUGCUACUUCCCAGCAACCCACAACAGGUGCUACGGCGCCUCCUACGCCCGCAUUGACUUCUGCUACGACAACGACAUCGUCGACACUGUUUGGUACUGCACCUCUGGCCAAGCCUGCAACGCCGUUCCAGAAUCCUUUCCAGUCUUCAAACCUCUUCUCAGGCGUGUCCUCUCCAUCAGCUACGCCAAAGCCUGCACAAGAGAAAGAACAUGAGAAGAAAAUAGGCGAGGCCGCCCCUCCCAAGACCGGCUUCCAAUUUUCCUCCUCCACAACCGGUGGCAAUCUCUUCUCCAAGAGCGAAAGCGCUGCUGCUGCGCCUUCAACAACUUCAUCAACUGGCUUGUUCCAGGCACCGGCCACAGGCAGCCUGUUUGCGCCCAAGCCUGCUUCUGCAGAGACUGAUAAGCCCAAGACUCCCGAGUCAAAUCCUUUCGGCAGCCUUUUCGCCCCUAAACCAUCUACUGCGACCCAACCCGGGCCAGAACAAAAACCCCUGCCUGCUGCUGUCCCGUUUGGCUCUCUCUUUUCUCCCAAGCCUAGCACACCCAGCGAAGGAGCGAAAGUGGGAGAGCCAGCGAAACCAGUCGCUUCUACCCCGGCUUUCUCGUCUGCAGCUUCACCAUCCCCCGGCCUCUUCGCGCCGCAGUCUUCAUCUCUCUCGACCACUGCUGCGGAGAGUAAGAUCCAGACACCUGCGUCCACAACUACUGCGUCUCAAGGCGUUUUCAAAGUCAAUGGUGCAGCACCCGCUUCACUCACUUCACCCGCUCAGCCAACAACUUCAGCCGAGCCUCCCGCAGUCCGAUUCGCCAAGAGCGUGCAGCCGAAAAAUUUGCCUCCUGGACUGAGCGAACAGCAGAAGAAAGAUGUUGAGCUUGUGUACCGUGUCCGCGUUUUGAAUCAAUGCUUUCAGCGCGAGAUCGCUCAACUGAAUCCUGUAACGCACGAUUUCGACGCCAUCGUGCUCUUUUACAUGCAGGUUCGUGAAGUGAUGGGUGCGCCAAUCGUACUGCGCCCAUUUAAGCGGAAGACUGCCGACGAUGAAAGUGCUGAUCUUGAAAUACAAUCGGCGAAGAAAGUCAAGCCCUUUGGCACCAGUGGUGCGCCAGCGACUUCCAGCGCCAACAUCUCGUCACCUUCCCCGAAGAUGAACAUCGGACCAAGCUCCAUUACGACAACGCCGUCUAAGCUUUUUGAUACAAACCAGAGCACUCCAAUUACCAAUGGUAAAAUGGCUGAGGAAAAGGCUGGAGCUGUUGUUUCGGUCUCUCGGGCUGAGAACCAUUCCGACAAUGACUCUGCGACAGCGAGCAUAUUCGCUCAGUCUUUCUCGAAAUCGAAAGCUGAUGAUUCAGAAGCCACAAGUGCAGUGUCUACCAAGCCAGCUACGCCAGAAGCCAAUAAGCCUGCUCUGUUCUCUACCACCCCGUCUGCAUCUCCGGCCAAGCCCAUAUUUUCUUCAUCAACUACUACCAAGGAAAACGCAACAUCCAACUCCGUCUUUUCUCAACCUGUCUCAAAACCUGUGUUCACGUCAUCGACAACCAGCGUCAGCACGCCUGUCCAAAAUCUUUUCGUCCCGAAGCCCACAGGUGAUAAGAAAACCGAGUCGCCAGCCAGUGCUGCCCCACCCAUUCCCAAAUUCGGUGCCGGCACCGGGACGAACUUUUUCGCUCAGUUCAAAUCGCUUGCUGAUAAGAAUGCUGAGAAGGAAAAGCAGAAGCGCAAAGCAGAGGACUUCGACUCCGAGGAAGAAGACGAAGCUGAAUGGGAACGGAAAGACGCUGAACAGCAGCGCAAGAAACGCAAGGAGUUGGAGGCUCAGUCUAGAAAGCGGGCCAAGUUUGUUCCGGGCAAGGGAUUCGUCCUUGAGGAUGAGAGCAGCGAUACUACGGAACCCAAGAAAUCGGCAGAGGCAUCUACUUCAACUGCCAGCGCAUCCGUCUUUGAAGCAAAGCGAGACACUCCGGUCAAAGCGAAUAAUAUCUUUGGUCAUCUCUCCGCGACCCCAUCAGAGGUAGAAGAGGAUAAUGAUGCUGACGAUACUGAAGAGGCGUCAGCUGCUGGGGAAGAUGCUGAUGAAGAGUCCAAAGAGUCGUCUCUGGUACCGGCCAGCGAAGAUGAGGGUAGUCGGGAUGCGGAAACCAGCGAAGCAGACUCCAAAGCGGUUUCGGUCAGCGGAGCCGAGUUCUCUGCUAAUGACAGCAGUGAUGACGGUGAUUUUUCUAAAGCUCUGACGAAGUCAAAGCAAGCCUCGAGCACAUCGGCGACCGGUGGCAAAAGUUUAUUUGAUCGGGUUCAGUACGGUCAAGAUGGAAAGCCUAAGCGGCAAACCGACGAGGAACCAAAGAACCCCUUCUCUUCCCUCUUUAGCCCUUCGUCCAAGUUCUCCUCUUCCCUGACGAGUCCUGGAAUGUCCACCCCGAAUCCAUUUGGCUCACCCAGUACCCCUGCACCCGGACAAGGUGAUACCGCCGAAUCCAAGCCAGCAUCUAGCAUCCUCAACCCUUCGGUUAACACGAGCGGUGGUCUUUUUACUUCGGUAUCGGCAAGUACUGGAACGAGUUCGUCGUCCAUCUUUGGUCAGAGCUCGUCGAAACCAGCAGGUGACAAGACCUGGAAGCCAGAUUCCCCCAUCAAAUUCGCCGACUCAACUGUUACGGCACCUUCGACCACGGGGAAGCCUGAUUCUGGGUUCACCGCUCCAUCAACAGACUCCUCGAAGCCAUUCUCUACUCUGUUCGGCGCGCCAGCCGCUGGGGCGAAGUCGUCCGGCAGUGGACAGUCGGCGCUAGGGUUCUCCUUUGGUGGUCCGUCACAGCAAGGCUCUUCCUUCCUGGCUCCUUCCACUCUCACGUCCGCCACUGGCAGUCGUGCGUCGACCCCCGGAAUGACCUCCGACACUGGUGGGGAGGAGUCUGUAGAUGGCGAGGCUGUGGAAUCUCUACCCCAGGUUGAUCUCGCUCGCAGCAGAGCGGGCGAAGAGGACGAAGACAUUGUGAUCGAGACCCGGGCGCGUGCAUUGAAGCUCAAGCCUGGCGCAGGCUGGGAUAGCCAGGGUGUUGGUUAUCUUCGUGUUCUGAAAAAUCGCAACACUUCCCGCUCUCGUAUCAUCCUGAGAGCCGACCCAAGUGGCAAGGUUGUCCUGAACGCAGCCUUGUUGAAGGAUAUUAAGUACACUGUCAACGCCAACAGUGUGCAGUUCCUGGUUCCCCAGGCUGAAGGCGCCCCGGAACAAUGGGCUGUUAGAGUGAAGAAGGAAGAAGUUGAGCGUUUGCAUUCUGCAAUUGAAAAGUCCAAGGCGUAA